AUGGGGAAUCUACCGUCCAGGGAAAUGCGACCCGAGCGACGCAGCUCGAGGCGUCUAUCGAAGCCACAAACAAACACGUCGUCGUUCAGUCUUCUGAGAUCUGGUUCCACCAAGCGACAGGCCAAUGCGAACGAUAAUGCUCCUGUGCUGUCCGACAGUUCGAUGAUGUGGAAAAGUCCUUGGACCGGGGAUUUACUACCCAAAGCUUCCCCGGAGAUUGACGAGAGUGACAAACGGCGGGUGCGGUCCCUUCCGUCCUUUUCUGCUCUAAAUCCAAGGCCUUCUCGGCCCUCGAUCAGCGGCAAGAGGCGUUGGUCAAACCUUGAAGAAAUCAGGGGGAGAAAACAUGAACGCUCCUUGUCACAUUCGAGCUCGUUCGUUUCGAGACGGCUCUCGAAACGGCAAUCUGCUGUUCACCUCGCAGAUACCAAAUCGCGAUCUCAGCAGUCGCCUAUCUUCUAUUUACCCCCAUCGGAGGUCGUGGACGACGUACCAGAGAGCCCAGGAGAGGACACAAGGACAGGAAAUGUCGUGACAACUGAGACUCGCCGCUUCUCUUUGAUCCCCCGGAAAUCUCCUCCCAAACAGUGUGUUACUACAAGGACCUCCCGCGACUCUUAUCGGAGGCCACUCUCCCUGAUUGAACAGGAAGAUGAAAACAUGCGUGGCUAUCCAACGCCAGUUUCAAGAUCUCCUCGAUGGCCUCUAUACGAACCUGACGAACUGAGUCUGGAGUAUCCAGUUCCAUCCAUCACACAUGAGCGAGCAGUGUCUCCAAUGUCCUUGGAUUACUCCCACUUGGGUGGUCUGAAACGAGGAUCUCUGCGGAUCGUGAACGGUUCCGCAUCUCCAGCCCCCAGCGAUCGAACCCAUCGUGGCAUGCAUACACAUCCUAACGCAGAGUCUCGAGGAGAUAACCAUUCCUUGGAGGAGUCGAAAUGCGGCGUGGGCACUCCCCCGGAUGUUACCGAUAAAAUCAUGCCCUUUGAACAAUCCUCUGCUCAGUGUGCCCAGGCCUCCAAUACCGAGGACGAACAUGACAUUCCAGGAAGCCCAUUCUCCUUUGAGAAAUCCCCGACAAUAGCCGUGGUUCCCAGACAUGCUCCCUUCUCCGGACAAGGGAUGGAAGAUGAGGCCAUCAAUAUGGCGUUUGAUGAGAGGAUGCCCGACAACGGCAUCAUCCGGAAGGCACCCUCGCCAGACAACUUCAGCAGGCAUGGAAGACGGGAAUCUCGGUCACUGACCAAAGAUGAUAGUGGCUACAGUUCGGGCAGUUCAGUUAAUUCUGAGCGAGCCGACCGAACUAGCAGGUCAGCAAAUCUUUCAGAGUCACCGCCACAGCACUCUCCUCCAAAAGCUUCAAUGGAGUUCGCAAGAGAUUGUGCUCAAGAGAGUGUCGAGAACCGCCGCAGUAAAUCGCGGCGGCGUUCGCUGCGUCGAAAGUCCAAGGAUGCAAACCUUCGAUCGACGGAGCAGCGGCAAAGGAAGUUGUUGACUCCACUUCUCACCAUGUCAACCAUGUGUCGUGAGAGCGGCAAUGGAAAAGCUAAGGAUCGCAAAACUUCACACAAGCCCUGCUGUAGAAGGCCCGGUCCGCCUCGUUUCUACGCUCAACUCGGUCCAAGCAGUGUGCCGUCUGUACCAGCGUCGACAACCAUUCAAAACAGUGAGAGUGACACUGAAGACAACAGUGAAGAAACUGCAAUUGAAUUCUCACCAGCGAGACGACGUCGCUUCUCAACCAGUUCAUUGAAGCUCGGGUUUCGGCGCAAUGGAUUCAACGAAUCUGGUACAAUUUACAGGUCUGAUGGCGAAGAGUUUAUUAUAGAAAAUCCACACAGAAGGCUCCGGACUCAAAACGAUAAUGAUCGCCGUGUUAACCGAAGCGUCGAUGGCAGGGGUCGCCAGAUGAAAUCCAAGUCCACCUCUUCCUGGGGUUCGAAGGUUCGGUCCUCGUCUGAGCCUCGUAUUAAGGUCCGGCUCUUCUCGGAGGAAGACGAGCAGGCCAGUAACCGAAAUCUAUCUCCCUUCCGAAGAAGACGACAGCAGCGGCAGCAGCCGUUCGUGACGAAUGAUCACGAUAUCCCUCCUGUUCCUUCUCUCCCGAGUAUGUUCCAGGUGGACCAGAUGGCACAAGAGAUGCGACAAUGCGAGCACGAAGUGGACGAACUUCCACGAGGCCGAGCCCGGACUCGCAGCAUUGACCAGUCCCGGAGGAGGCUGAUGAGAGCUCAGAGAGGAUAUUUUGCUGAGAAUCUAAGCUGA